AUGUCCGAACAGCAGAAGAAGAACAACCCACCACCACAACAACAACAACCCAACUCCAACCCACCACCACCACCACCGCCAGCACCGCCCAACCAGAACCCCUCCAGAGGACUCACCACCAAAACCCCCCCAGCACCCUCUUCCCCGCCGAACACUCAAGAAGCCAGCCCCCCGACAUCCACAUCCCAGUCCCCAGCAGCAGCAGCCGCAGCCGAGGAGGAAUUCGAAGACGUCGAUCUCUCCGAUCCCCCGGCACCGCUGGCGGCGGCAGGAGAGGCAGAGAGAGAAGAAGAAGAAGCGGAUUAUGAAGUGCUUGAGCAGAGCGAUGCGCCGCAUUCGUCGUAUAACUCGCAGGCGGAUCAUGGGUUUAAGUAUGAGGGGUUUGAUGAUCGGGAGGGGGAAGGGAGGGGGUAA